GAAUAAAUCUAGAAGUGUUGUGAAUGUGUGUGCUGGGAGUGUCUUGUCGGACUGCCUGCCCUGCUGUGUGCAUGCAUAUAUAGAGCCGGUGACUGUGUGUAGCUGAGCUCAGGCUAGCACUGGGAGAGGAAGGACUCAGCUGCAGCAUCCUCAUCACAUUGCUCCCAUCCCUGGCUCUGCCCUAACCUGCCUGCACAUGGCCAUUUUGGGAUUUUCCGGUUAAGCUACGCAUCAUCCCUCAUUCAGACCUCUCUGUUCUUGCCCAGUCUCCUCCCCUAUCUCUAAGCAUGAUCUUCCACAAAGCAAGUUUGUUUCUUGGACGUUGAAGGAGAAGAAGUCAGGGGUCUUUGCAGAACAAGGGGGUGGGUUUUGUUAUUCUUUAAAGGGAAAGCCCUGUGUCAACCUCCUCCUAGCCUUCUCCUUCAAGAGCCCACCACCUCCUUUUCCCUGGUCACCCUUAGCUGUCAAGGCAACAGAAGAGGACACAGAGGGAGAAGUUGCUGGGAUAACCCAUAUAUCCCCCUGUGGGAUCUGGAGUUAAAGCUGGGAACACUGAGAAGCCAUGCGUUGGAUUUGCAGAGGCUCUGCUCUGGUCCUGGGGAUUUUCAGCUGCCUGUACUGCAGCGCCUGGAGUGCCAACCCUGAAUCCCAAAAAUGUGAUGAGCCUCUGGUAGUGGCACUUCAGCCUCAAUCCUUUAAAAGUUCAUCGAUAAUGUCUGGGAUUUAUGCUCCAGUAUACGCUAAACUCAACAGAAGAGAAGGAGGUGGAGGUUGGUCACCGUUGGACAGUGACCAUUAUCAGUGGCUGCAGGUUGAUUUUGGAAGCCGUAAGCAGAUCCGCGCAAUUGCUACUCAAGGGAGGUAUAGCAGUUCUGAUUGGAUAUCUCAAUAUCGGUUACUAUAUAGUGACACUGGAAGAAAUUGGAAACCAUAUCAUCAAGAUGGGAACAUAUGGGCAUUUCCCGGUAAUGGAAAUUCAGACACCGUUGUUCGACAUGACCUGCAACAUCAAGUGGUGGCUCGCUAUAUACGCAUUGUUCCCCUGGACUGGAAUGAAGAGGGACAGAUAGGAUUAAGAGUGGAACUCUAUGGAUGUCCAUACUGGGCGGAUGUAAUCAAUUUUGAUGGCAAUACUGUGUUAUCCUAUCAGUUCAAAGACAGGAAAAUGGCAACAGAAAAAGAUGUCAUCUCCCUCAAAUUCAAAAGUAUUUUAAGUAAUGGUGUUCUCUUUCAUGGAGAAGGACAACAAGGGGACUAUAUUACUCUGGAACUGGUGAAAUCAAAGCUGGUGUUGAAACUAAACUUAGGCAGUAACCAAUAUGGAAAUAUUAAUGGUAAUACCAUAGUAACUACGGGAAGUCUUCUUGAUGAUCAUCACUGGCAUUCUGUUAUAAUUGAUCGUUAUAAGAAGCAAAUUAACCUGACACUUGAUAAUCAUGUUCAGCAUUUUAAAACAAAUGGAGAAUUUGUUAAAUUAGACCUGGAUUUUGAGUUAACCUUCGGAGGUAUGCCUUCAAGUGGAAAGCCAAGUUCCAAUGGUGGAAAAAAUUUCAAGGGUUGUAUGGAAAGCAUUAAAUACAAUGCACUUAACAUUACUGACCUUGCCAGGAGAAGGAAGAUGAACUCAUACAAUGUGGAUAAUUUAAGUUUUACCUGCGUUGAAUCACAUGCAGUCCCUGUCUUCUUUAAUGCGACUAGUUACCUGGAAGUGCUUGGACGGGCAGCUGAGGAUGUUUUUUCUGUGAAUUUUCAUUUUCGCACCUGGAAUUUAAAUGGACUUCUUCUAUUCACCACAUUUGCUGAUGAGGUUGGAAGUGUGGAAAUAGACUUAACAGAUGGCAAAGUCAGCGUCCAUAUCAAUAUGACAAAGUCUAAGAAAAACCGUAUUGAUAUUUCUUCAGGUUCUGGCCUUAAUGAUGGGCAGUGGCAUGAAGUAAGAUUUACAGCCGAGGAGAACUCUGCCAUGUUAACUAUCGAUGGGGAUGAAGCAUCAUCUGUAAAAACAAAUAGUCCUCUUCAGUUCCGCACUGGAAGUCAAUAUUUUUUUGGAGGUUUCUAUUCCAAGACGAACAGUACGGAUCGCCCUUUGUUUGAAAACUUCUUUCAAGGGUGCAUGCAGCUCAUCCACGUGGAUAACCAGUUGGUUGACCUUCAUGCCAUAGAGCGGGGAAAGCAAGGGAGCUUUGCAAACAUCAGUAUUGACAUGUGUGCAAUCAUUGACAGAUGUGUCCCCAAUAAUUGUGAACAUGGUGGCAAAUGCACACAAACAUGGGAUACCAUUACAUGUAACUGUGAAGGUACUGGGUACACUGGAGCCACAUGUCAUAACUCACUGUAUGAGCUGUCAUGUGAAGUUUACAGACACUUGGGAAACAUUUCAGGCUGGUAUUGGAUUGACCCAGAUGGAAGUGGUCCACAAGGGCAGAUGAAAGUUUACUGCAAUAUGACAGAGGAUAAAGUUUGGACUACCUUGUACCAUGAUCUUCUACCACAAACAUCAGUUGUUGGUGCAAGCAGAGAGAAGCGAGUAGUACUCCAGCUGAAUUACAGCACAAGCAUGGAUCAAAUCUCAACAAUAAUGAACAGUGCUGAGAAAUGCGAACAAUACAUUUCAUAUUCCUGUAAGAUGUCAAGGCUGCUGAAUACUCCAGAGGGAAAUCCUUACACAUGGUGGGUUGGCAAAGGCAAUGAAAAGCAUUACUACUGGGGAGAUUCUGGACCUGGAAUUCAGAAGUGUUCAUGUGGAAUUGAUAGGAACUGCACUGACAGUAAAUUCUUCUGUAAUUGUGAUGCUGACCAGAGGCAAUGGAGGAAGGAUGAUGGCAUCUUGUCCUAUAAGGAUCACCUGCCGGUCACACAGGUUAUUGUUGGUGAUACAUAUCGUUCUUCAUCCGAGGCAAAGCUGACUGUUGAUCCCCUACGAUGUUUUGGAGACAAAAACUACUGGAAUGCCGUCUCCUUCAUCGCACCAAACUCUUUCCUUCAUUUCCCUACAUUCCAAGGAGAAACCAGCGCUGAUAUUUCGUUUUACUUUAAGACCUCUGCUCCAGAUGGAGUAUUUGUAGAAAAUAGAGGAAACACAGACUUCAUAAAGAUAGAAUUAAAAUCAAACACUGAAGUGUCAUUCUCAUUUGAUGUUGGAAAUGGCCCUGUGGAGCUUAUUGUUACCUCUUCCACUCCACUGAAUGAUGACCAGUGGCAUCGGGUCAGAGCAGACAGAAAUGUAAAAGAAGCCAGAUUGCAGGUUGAUCAGCUCCAACCACAGAUUCGCAAAGCACCCACCCAUGGUCACACGCGACUUGAGCUCACAAGCCAGUUCUAUGUUGGUGCUGCUGGAGACCAGAAAGGAUUCUUGGGAUGCAUCCGUGCAUUGAGAGUGAAUGGCGUUCCCUUAGAUUUGGAAGAAAGAGCAAAGGCAACCCAAGGUGUAAAGCCUGGCUGUUCAGGACACUGCACCAGUUAUAAAAAUCUCUGCAAAAAUGGAGGAACAUGUAAUGAACUCUACAAGGGUUACACAUGCGACUGCUCAAGAACUGCAUAUGAUGGGAACAACUGUAUUAAUGCUGUUGGAGGGUACUUUGAAGAAGGCACGUGGUUGAGAUAUAAUUUCCAUACAGCCUCAACGUCAGCAGUGGUCAGCCCAAAAGAUGUGUCUAAUGUCCUACAGACUACAGCUUCGGAGAGUUCUUUAACAAAAGAAGAGCUGCUUUUUAGCUUCAGCACCACCAAAGCACCAUGUAUCCUCGUGUAUGUCAGUUCCUAUUCCCAGGAUUAUAUGGCUGUGCUCCUAAAACCACCAGGUGUCUUACAAAUUCGGUAUAAUUUAGGUGGCACCAAAGAGCCAUAUUUAAUAGAUAUCAGUGACCACAAGAAUAUGGCAAAUGGACAACCACACAAUGUUAAUAUAACCAGGCUUGGAAGGAACAUCAUCUUCCAGCUCGAUCAUUACCCACCAGCCACAUACAGCGUUCCUGCUUCUUCCGAGACUCGGUUUAAUAGACCAAAGGCUCUUUUCCUUGGAAGAGUGUUGGAGACCGGCACAAUAGACCAGGAGAUCCAAUCAUACAAUACCCCGGGCUUCAGUGGAUGCCUUUCUAGAGUUCAGUUCAACCUCAUUGCACCGUUGAAGUUGGCCUUACGAUCGAGAAAUAAUUCCCAGGUGCAAGUCGUGGGAGAACUAGUGGAAUCAAACUGUGGUGCAUCCCCUCUUACUAUCCCACAAAUGGAAUCUGUUAAUAAUCCUUGGCACAUAAACCCAGAGACUGCCAACUUCCCGAACAAUGAAGGACAAGCUAUUAAAGAUGGCGUGAACCGAAACUCAGCAAUCAUUGGAGGUAUCAUCGCAGUGGUGAUCUUCACCAUACUCUGCACCCUGGUUUUCCUGAUACGCUACAUGUUCCGCCAUAAGGGGACCUAUCACACCAACGAAGCUAAGGGAGCCGAAUCUGCAGACAAUGCUGACGCUGCCAUCAUCAACAAUGACCCCAACUUUACUGAGACCAUCGACGAGAGCAAAAAGGAAUGGCUAAUCUAACUGUGGUCACAUCGGUGGCAAAAGAAUGGGUUCUGGAGUGUUGGGAAGGACUAUGUCUUGCCAGUGCUCGGCUCCAGACUUCUCCUCACAAGACCGGCACAGCCAGGGGGCCCCUGAAGGGCCAAACACAACGCCGACAAAAAAUUGCAAAUUCAUAAACUUUGAUGAAAGCAUUUAAUUUUUAUUUUUUAUUUUGUUUGGUUUAUAUUUAUGUUUGGUUUUGCUCCUACUCUAUCUCUUUGUCCAAAACAGAAAAAAAAAAAGAAAUAUCAGCUUUUAGCGUUUCAGCCUUGGUUUGGAUCUGUCAGCUAUAUCUGGAUUAUUUUUUCUUUCUUUUGUGUGUGUUUAGAGGCAAUCUAAAUACUUAACAAAGUUAAAGGGUCAGUUUUAUAAAGUUUUAUAAGCCCUUUAGAUAUUAACUUAAAGAAGCCAAUAUAUAUUAUAUACACCCGUUAUAUAUAAACCCGUGUAAGUGUUUAUAUAUAAUCUCACACACAAACCAUGUAAUUGUCCUAAAAUUCAUCUACUUCCUUUGUCCUUUAUAUAUCAGAAAUACUUUCAUUGCAUGCAUAGGCACUGCGGUAACUCAGAAUGGUUUAGGUUGGAGCAUUACCAUGCCAAUAAAGAAUGUAUUUGCCAUUUUUUUUUAGAAGUUGUUGCUAUAUUCUAAUACAUUUAGGGAUAGACAACCUGUGCCACUAGUGUACAGACCAUAGUUGGAACUAGAGGUCAGCCAUAAGUUGCCUAACCCUAAAAAUGGGGACUAUGCACUAAGGUAUUCUUGGUGUAGUGAAAUCAAAAUGUUUGAAUGGUAUUGCAUUGCAAAAGAAAAAAAAAUAUUAUGAAAUAUAUUGCACCUUUUUCUGGUACAAUGGCUUGUGCAUCUUAUUUUUCGUCUUCAUAAAAAUCUUUAACAGAGGAUUUUCUAAAGUGAAGUGAUAUAGAACAAACCAGUAAUUGUUAUAAACAUCCAAUCAUGUGCAGAAGCUUCUGUUUUUUUUCAGUUUCCAUGCAUAAGAUCGGAUGUUUAGUUUCCAUUCCCUUUAGGAAAUCACACCUUAAAUGUAUUUGAGCAGUUUCUCUUUUCCAGGCCACAUGGAAAGAUAUAACCAAGUAGUCGAUGAAAUGAAAUUUUCAGGUUUUACUUUCCCUAGUGCAUUAGCUUAAUGGAGUCCAUUUGUUGGCUUGAAAAUUUCUUACAAGAAGCUCUGUAUGCACAAAAUGCGCUUAUUCAUAGAAUUAAAAAAGUCUGUUAGCACAUUGGAAAAUUUCUAUUGUUCAAGUACCCAAGGCUACUUGUUUAUGUAAAGGACAAUUGGCUGAGCUUAUUAAAUUAUUUUUUUCCCUCUGA